UAGCUGGGCCCAGUUUUGUAGUUCAGUUGGUUAUCUCAACUUAAUUUAUGUCUUACUCAUCAACUCGAAACUUUUAUUCAGCGACGAUGAUGACGACGACGAUGACACUGAGGCACUAAUGGCAGAGCUUGAAAGGAUUAAAAAAGAAAGAGCUGAGGACAGGCUUAGAAAGGAGCGUCAGCAAGCAGAAGAAGAGGCCAAGAUGAAGGAGGCCGAGCUGAUGCGAGGAAACCCACUGAUCAAUAUGAACAACUCUGGCUCCUUCAAUGUGAAGAGAAGGUGGGAUGAUGAUGUUGUAUUCAAGAACCAGGCUCGUGGAGAGACCAAGACACCAUCAGAAGUGAUUUCCACCGCAAGUUUCUGCAUAGGUACAUGAAAUGAUGCUGCUGUACGCUUUAUGUUGCCUGGACAGUAUGCAUGCUGAAAGAGCCUGUGAUGUUUCUGUAUUCUGAAGAUCGAUUUGUAUGACAUAACUGUAACAGCUACGUUAUCUUAAUGGUGAUAUGUUUACCCUGUUCCUAAGAGUAAAGAAAAGAACCCACUGCUUGUGUAUUA